UGAAUGAUUAUGCAGUGGCGUUAAUCCCGUCUGCAGUGUAGUCGUGCCGGCGUGUCGGUAAUACGCGCACACGCACCCCGCGAUCCCUGUGUCGUCGCGCUCGCUGCGACAUCGCUACUACCGAACAGUUCGUGUUUAUGAGUGACAGAACCGAAACAAUGAAUCUUAAGCUGAACAACGACAUCAAAGGAUCGGUCACUACGGAGAAAUCGUCUGAUUCUCUUGUAAAGGAUGAGCAGGAAGCCAAGCGGUCUCAGCGAGAGGAGGAGCGGCGUCGUACUGGCCGGUACAUGGCCAUACUUGUAGGCAUCUCACUCUUCAUCCUCGCCCUCUACCACGCGUGGGUCCGUCGCAUCCCCAUAGUGGCCAGUCUCGUGGUGCCAGCCCUCAUAAUGUUUGUGUACGUCGCGUGGAUACUCUACACCGCCUCCAGGGAAAAACACAGGUUUCGUCUAUUCGACGUGGAAGUGGGUCAGACAGCGCCAGAGGAAGGCGGCGGCGACAUCGCCAUUACAGAGCUGACACAAAACAAUGCCGACACAUCUGUCGCGUCUAACAAGGAGAACGAGACCAACUGUACAGAAGACAUCACCAACUGGACAAACAUCUCCACAGCUCUCAUGAAAGGAGAUAAAAACAUUCACGCAGAUAUCGAACAUAAUCGACUCCCUAUAAUCCUAGUUAACGACAAACCACCAGAAGAUUUAGACCAAAAAUGGCUGAACAUUGUAGAAUUAUCAAACAAUGAUAAACUCAGAGUAUUUCACACUAGAAGAAAGUAUAAACGAAGGUUUUGUAGAAGCAGACGCCAUGCUGCGUUCAAAAGAUCUUACUCAAUCGGCUGAAUUUAACUAUAACAUUUUAUAUAUCUCGUAGUUAUGUACUGUGAUUGUAUAUCUUUUAAGUAAGCUAAUGAACUGCCUAUUGUUAUGUCUAGUAUUAACGCUAACUACGUGUAAUUUUAGAACGAUGAGACUUUUAUAUAAAGUUAUAACAGAAAACACUACCCGUUGCCAUGGUAACAACCACAUAGAGAAGGUGUAUUACAAACGAAUGAUUGUGUAAAGCACCUCGAAAAUAAUUUUGAAUGUAAAAUAUUGGAUUAUGAACUUGGGGUAUUUAAUCAACACGUUAUAUGCAUAUUUAUCGAUUUUGGAAACAUAUUUUUAUGUAGGUAGUUUUCGCCAGUCAUAAUUGUAAUCCCUCCUAAUAAUAAUUAAUUGCCAUAUUUAUUUCCGAAUCUUUAUUACAAAUAUCCCGCGUGUGUAAACAUUCCUACUUUGUGUUGUUAUGUACAUCUGAUAGAAGAAUAUUAAAUUACGGAAAUUAAUAACAUUAAUGAAUAGUUUCCUUUCAAUUUUCCUGAAGCGUGAGGACAAGGAAAAAUCUUGAAACCUAAUAAUGAUUUGAAAGUGCCUUAGAUCUAUGUAGAGAGUGUAAUGAGAAAAUGUUGAGGUUAUACCUGAAUUUGUAAAUAAAUUAAAUGUACUAUAAUAAUGAAAAAAUAAACUUGCAACAAUUCGCCUUCA